GCACCAGCGAGCCGGGGCAGGAAGAGGAGGUUUCGCCACCGGAGCGGCCCGGCGACGCGCUGACAGCUUCCCCUGCCCUUCCCGUCGAUCGGGCCUCUCGCCGCCGCCGCCGCCGCCGUCGCCGUCGCCGCCCUCGGCCUGCGCCCCGCCGCCGGCCCCGCUCCGAGAGCCCAGCGCAGCCCAGGCCGGAGACGCCGCGGCCGGGAAGGCGGCACUGCCGCGGCCCGGCCACCGCGCGCCCUGCGCUUCCCUCCGCCCGCGCUGCGGACAUGGCGCGGCGCUGACUGGCCCGGCCCGGCGAGACCGCGCGCCCGCUCGCCCGGACCCGACCCGACCCGACCCGCACCGGACCCGCUCCGGCUCCGGCCGGCCGCUGCUUUUUCCUUCAACGGCCCGCAGGCCCGCGCCGCCCGGGAGGGGAGCCCACAGGCGCAGGGAGGCCGAGCGCGGACUCGCCACCACGCUCCAGAAUGGCAGAAGACGAUACAUAUUUGGGAGGGCAUGAACAAAUGUUUCAUUUGGAUCCUUUGACUCAUACAAUAUUUAACCCAGAGUUAUUUCAACCAGAGAUGCCACUAACUACAGCAGAUGGUCCAUACCUUCAAAUAUUAGAGCAACCUAAACAGAGAGGAUUUCGUUUCCGUUAUGUAUGUGAAGGCCCAUCCCAUGGUGGACUCCCUGGUGCAUCUAGUGAAAAGAACAAGAAGUCCUACCCUCAGGUCAAAAUCUGCAACUAUGUGGGACCUGCAAAGGUUAUUGUUCAGUUGGUCACAAAUGGGAAAAACAUCCACCUGCAUGCACACAGCCUGGUGGGAAAACACUGUGAGGAUGGGAUCUGCACUGUAACUGCUGGACCCAAGGACAUGGUGGUCGGCUUUGCAAACUUGGGUAUACUUCAUGUGACAAAGAAAAAAGUAUUUGAAACACUGGAAGCACGAAUGACAGAGGCAUGUACAAAGGGCUAUAAUCCUGGACUUUUGGUGCAUCCUGAUCUUGCCUAUUUGCAAGCGGAAGGUGGAGGAGACCGGCAGCUCACAGAUCGGGAAAAGGAGAUCAUCCGCCAGGCAGCUCUUCAGCAGACAAAGGAGAUGGACCUCAGCGUGGUGCGGCUCAUGUUUACAGCUUUUCUUCCAGAUAGCACCGGCAGCUUCACGAGGCGCCUGGAACCCGUGGUAUCAGACGCCAUCUAUGACAGCAAAGCCCCCAAUGCGUCCAACUUGAAAAUUGUAAGAAUGGACAGGACAGCUGGAUGCGUAACUGGAGGGGAAGAGAUUUAUCUUCUCUGUGACAAGGUUCAGAAAGAUGACAUCCAGAUUCGAUUUUAUGAAGAGGAGGAAAAUGGUGGGAUCUGGGAAGGAUUUGGAGAUUUUUCCCCCACAGAUGUUCAUAGACAAUUCGCCAUCGUCUUCAAAACUCCAAAGUAUAAAGAUGUCAACAUCACAAAACCAGCUUCCGUGUUUGUCCAACUUCGAAGGAAAUCUGAUUUGGAAACUAGCGAACCCAAACCUUUUCUCUACUACCCUGAAAUCAAAGAUAAAGAGGAAGUGCAGAGGAAACGGCAGAAGCUCAUGCCUAAUUUCUCAGAUAGUUUCGGCGGCGGGAGUGGGGCUGGAGCCGGAGGCGGCGGCAUGUUUGGCAGUGGCGGUGGAGGAGGGGCUGCCGGAAGUACGGGGCCAGGGUACGGCUUCCCUCACUAUGGAUUUCCUACAUACAGUGGAAUUACCUUCCAUCCUGGAACCACUAAAUCUAAUGCCGGGAUGAAACACGGAACCAUAGACACCCCAUCUAAAAAUGAUUCUGAAGGUUGUGGAAAGAGUGUGGACAGAGAGGCGGCCAGCCUCCCUGGGAAAGUAACUGAACCCACAGAACAAGAUAAGGAGUCCAGCACUGGGGAUGACGAGGUUGCUCUGACGUAUACAGUGGGAGUAAAGGGAGAGAACUGUAGGUUUCAGGAUGAGCUCUUUCUAGAGAAGGCUAUGCAGCUGGCCAAGCGGCAUGCCAACGCCCUUUUUGACUAUGCGGUGACAGGAGAUGUGAAGAUGCUGCUGGCUGUCCAGCGCCACCUCACUGCAGUGCAGGAUGAGAAUGGGGACAGUGUCUUACACUUAGCAAUCAUCCAUCUUCAUGCUCAGCUUGUGAGGGAUCUACUAGAAGUCACAUCUGGUUUGAUUUCUGAUGACAUUAUCAAUAUGAGAAAUGAUCUCUACCAGACACCCUUGCACCUGGCAGUGAUCACCAAGCAGGAGGCUGUGGUGGAGGACUUGCUGCGGGCUGGGGCCGACCUGAGCCUUCUGGACCGCUUGGGUAACUCUGUUUUGCACCUAGCUGCCAAAGAAGGACAAGAUAAAAUUCUCAGUAUUUUACUCAAGCACAAGAAGGCAGCACUACUGAUGGACCACCCUAACGGGGAAGGUCUAAACGCCAUUCACGUAGCCGUGACGAGCAACAGCAUGCCGUGCCUGCUGCUGCUGGCGGCAGCCGGCGCCGACGUCAACGCGCAGGAGCGGAAGUCCGGGCGCACGGCGCUGCACCUGGCCGUGGAGCGCGACAACGUCUCCCUGGCGGGCUGCCUGCUCCUGGAGGGUGAUGCCCAUGUAGACAGUACCACCUAUGAUGGGACUACAGCCCUUCACAUAGCAGCCGGGAGAGGGUCCACCAGGCUGGCAGCUCUUCUCAAAGCGGCAGGUGCAGAUCCCCUGGUGGAGAACUUUGAGCCUCUCUAUGACCUGGAUGACUCUUGGGAAAAAGAUGGAGAGGAUGAAGGAGUCGUGCCUGGAACCACACCUCUAGAUAUGGCCACCAACUGGCAGGUGUUUGAUAUAUUAAAUGGGAAACCAUAUGAGCCAGAGUUUACAUCUGAUGAUUUACUUGCACAAGGAGACAUGAAACAGCUGACGGAGGAUGCAAAGCUGCAGCUCUACAAGUUGCUAGAAAUCCCUGAUCCGGACAAGAACUGGGCAACUCUGGCACAGAAACUAGGUCUGGGGAUACUGAAUAAUGCCUUCCGGCUGAGUCCUGCUCCUUCUAAAACUCUUAUGGACAACUACGAGGUCUCCGGGGGGACAGUAAGAGAGCUGGUGGAGGCCCUGAGACAGAUGGGCUACACCGAAGCCAUCGAAGUGAUCCAGGCGGCCUUCUGCGCCCCGGGAACUGUGGCCUCCGGCCCCGGGAAGGUGGCGCCUCAGACCCUCUCGCUGCCCCUCUCACCUGCCUCCACGAGGUCGCCAUUAGACGAGGCCCGAGACGACAGCAUCUGCGACAGCGGCGUGGAGACGUCCUUCCGCAAACUCAGCUUUACAGAGUCUCUGACCAGCGGCAGCUCCUUGCUGACUCUUAGCAAAGUGCCCCACGAGUGCGGACAGGAAGGACCCAUAGAGGGCAAAAUCGAGCCUGCCGGCCCUUUCCCUCACGCCGUGUAAACCAAAGCUCUGAAAUUCCACCAUCGUCCAAAAUAAGGAAGCCGAAGUGCAUCCGCAGGAGCUCAGAGGAAAACCAGCCUGCCUGAAUCUCUCGGAAUUUCAUUCAAGGCCCUUCGAAGUCGGCUUCUUUCCUCGGUUCUCACGGGAAUGUUACUAGUCCCAUCCACGAACACAUGGUCCCGAGUGGUCGCCGGCCGGCCCGCCGCCUCGCCGUGGGCGAUUUCGCUUAGUGAGCUUUCCCAGCUGCUUCCCGUUGUCACUGCUGCUGCCCCCCACCCCCGCACUCCCACCGGCAUUAAAAGGCGGCCCAGUCCCCACCUGGUCUUCUCUCUGGCCGUCCACAGCACUGUCGUGCAUUCAGAUUAAGGAUUAUGAAAAGGGAUAUUUUUAAAAUGAAAGUGACGUGGUGUAUAAUUAAAAAAAAAAAAAAGCCUUGACUGCUUUUCCUAAUGUGGUUAUCUAUGUGAUUUGAAAAAAGAACAUGUGAUGUCAUUAUGUAAACGUAACAAUCAGUGCUGAAAAAGGUCUUUUCCCCCCUUUUCUGCAUUUUGCUAUUGUAAAUAUGUUUUUUAGAUCAAAUACUUUAAAGGAAAAGAUGUUGGAUUUAUAAAUGCUAUUUUUUAUUUUACUUUUAUAAUAAAAGGAAAAGCAAAUUGAUGAUCUCA